AUGGUUGAACAAAUCCUGAAAUUUAAUACACCUUCUCAAGGACAAGAUACUUUCCAUGAUGCUUCAUGUAAUAAUGAAUUAUCACAUCAUCAUAAAGUGCCAAGUGUUCUGGACGAUCCUAAUUGGAAUGAUAUUACAGAAAUGAUUAAUAAAAUGGAUUGUCAACCUGGUAUGACAAUGAUUGAUCGUAUGAUGGCACAAUUUCAUAAAACAACUAUUUUAACAAUGCGACGUGAAAUGAAAAACGACAAAUUAAUUAUGCGUGCAUCCUACAAAGGUUAUUCUUUUCAUAAAUAUCCUGCAAAAGAAUUUCAAGAAAAAGCUUCUAAUUAUAUGAAAAAAGCAACUAUUUACAAAUUUCUCAACGAAAUUAAUCCAAGAAAUCCAACUAUGGCUCAAAAUUGUUUAGAAAAAAUUUCAAAUGCAGUAGAUACAACAUUAAAAAAGUUACUUUCUUCAAAAGCAAUUACUGAUGUACAAUUCCUACUUAUGCAUCCAGAUCUAUCGAACAUAACAUUAAAUUAUUUAUAUUUUGUUCCAGAUACAACAGAAUCCGAACAACCACUCGAGCCAAUUAUCAUCUGCAAAAAUUCACCAACAUUCAACGUUUCCAAUUAUAUCAGUGAUUUACUUUGGAAUAUGUUCAAUCAAAUAACAGGCUGUAAAAAGUUUACAGAUUCUGAUGAAAUCGUUUAUAUUUUGGAACAAUAUGCCAAAGAUGGUCUUCUUCGAGAAAAUACAUAUUUUGUUACGUUUAAUAUUCAUAAUGUCUGUACAAAAUUUUGUCAUCAGGAAGCAUGGAAAGCUUUAGAAAAAUUUCUUCAAACAUAUCGACCUCAACUAGAAGAAAUAGCUACAAAUUUAACAAAUGAUACAAUUAUGGAAUUAAUUAGUGUUGUGUUACAAAAUCAAUAUUUUAUCUAUGACAAUAAACUCUAUCAACAAAUCAACGGAGGUCCUUCUGGCUCAUUAUUAACAAUUCCAUUAGCUUUUUUGUACUUAUUGUAUGGUCAAUCUACUUUGCUUUUCGAUACUUUAUCAAAUAAUAAAAUUGAAAUAUUUGGCAGAUAUCGUGAUGAUAUUUUUCUUACAUGGAAUGGUUCAAAAGAAGACUUUAAAACUUUAAUGAAUGGAACUAUGCACUACCAGCAACGACAAAAACCAACUAUUCCUUCAAUUAACUGUAAGAUUGGUAAAACAAUACAUUUACUUGAUCUUGAGUUAAACAAUAAUAAUGGUCAUCUCAUCACCAAAAUAUACCGUGAUCCAAAGACGGAUGAAUACGAAUUACCAAGUCAAUAUCAAUAUCAUACUAAUCAAUCACCAGCUUUAUUAAAGUUAGCACUUAAACAUACUCUUCAUUGUUGUACAAAUCGAAAAGAUUUUGAUAUUGACCAAGAACAUAUUCGUUUAUCUCAUUUACUACGUGGUUUCUCUUCCGAAUUUAUUGAUCAAUGUAUGAAAGAAUUUUGUCAAGAUUUGGAUAUUAAAAGUCAUUUCGUUCAUACUUUCAAUACUAUGCCUUAUGAAACACUUCGAAAACGAAUUAUGAAUAAUUAUGAAAAAGCACACGUAUUACAACAAGAAGGCAAAAAAGAAAAACAAAAUAUGAUACGUGUUCCAUAUCCAGAUCGUUGGCCAAAAGAAAUGGCAUUAAAAAUUAAAGAUGAUCUUCUCAAUAUUCUCGAUGAUCACGUUACUAAUGAUAAUACACUUCGCGAUAUUAAAUUCGAUUUUGUACCACGCCCACAAACACCUUUAACAAUCAAUGACUAUUUAGUUGAUAAACGACCACCUCUUACUCUAUUAACUUUACCAAAUAAUGCACAGAAUCAACAAUCUAGUAGUAAAGAACCAUUGAAAACUCCAAGUCAAGAUGCUCAAGGUCGUUGGUAUGACUUACUAUCACCAACACAAGUAUUAACAGGACAAGAACAAACAACAACUACAACGACAAUAUCAAACAAAAAGAAAAAACAAUCACGUAAUCGAAAAUUACAACGUUAUUCACGAAAACUUCGUAAACAAGGAUUAGAUGAAGCAACUAUACUAAUGUAUAAGCGUGCUAAUCAACUAGAACAACAACAAAAACAACAGGAUCAAACAGAGGACGUAGAAAUGGAAGAAAUAAUUCCUCUAAAUGAUACAGUGACUUUACCAGGUCCAUAUAAUCCUCAACAAAAAAUAACGAAACGUAAACGAGAUGAAUCAGCUAAACAAAAUGAUACAUCCAUUAUCACAUCAUUAAGUCAAUUAUCAAUGAAAGAAAAUUGUAAGAAAAAGAAAAAACGAUCAUCUUCGUCUUCGAAAAUACAAGAACAGCAGCAACAACAACAACAACAAGACAAAGAAAAUGGAAAAGAAGUUGAAGAAAAUAUGAUUCAAUUCAACAAUAAUAAGCAAACAACAUCAUUACAUUAUUAUUUAAAUGCUACAAAUAAAAAAUUUAAACAAAUGUUAAAAGCUGCCCUUGUUGGUAGUAAAGAUAUUCUACAAUGGUGUAAAUUAAAAGACAAUCUUCAUUAUCUACGUGAACAUACUCGUUUAUUAGAUAGAGUACAUUAUCUUAAAUUAGAAGAAGAUCUUUGGGAACAUUUUACAAUUUAUGGUGAAACAUAUCACUGCUGGACAUCAUCAUUAUCAAAAACAAUUAUUAAAGAUAAUAAAUUAGAAUCCGAUUUUAAAGUAUCGAAGAAGUCUAUGGAAAAAUAUCGAGAAAGAAUUAAACAACAAAAACAAGAAGCUGAAGAACAAGUUGAAAAACAUGCCUUAUUAUUGAAAAAUUAUCAACAUCAAGAUUCAAGCGUCGAUGAACAACAUCUAUGGGCUGCUAUCUUAGCAUUAGUACGUAAAGGUCAACAUAAAUUAUCUCAAAAUUAUGAACAUCGAAAAAAGUAUUUCAAAAAUAGUGCUAAAGAUUAUUCUUUUGUUAAAGCAUGUUAUGAUUGUCAACCAACACAAGAUGAAGUUAUGUCAAUGCAAGUUAUUUGGCAAGCAACUAUUAAUGAAUGUAAAUCACAACAGAAUGUCGAUAUUUUAAAACAACAUCUCUUUAUAAAACGAAUACCUAAAUCAUUAGAUUAUCUUGAUCAAUCAUUUUCAAAUGUGGAACAUACAUUAACUAGACCUGUUUAUAAUGAUAAUGUAAGAACAACAAUUUCAACACGUCAUAAAAAAAUUAUUGCACAAAAUAAAUGUGAUUUAAUGACACUUUAUAUUAGUAUGGCUGAAACAGCUGUACGUGGCUAUUAUCAAUAUGCUGAAAAUGAAAAAAAGAAAUUAGUCAAUCGUAUGAAACAAGAUCCACUUCGACAAGAAUUUAUCGAUCAAUUUAUCCAAGCUAUUGAACAACGCCAAAAACAUAUUCGACAAUAUAUGGAAUAUUUAACAAAACGACGUAUUCAUUUUUUCUACUAUCGCUCCGACGAUCGUCGACAAAAAUGGUAUCGUCGGAGCUAUCAUCUUAAUUUAUAUUGGGAUAUUCUUCCAUCAUCACCUAUUAUUGAAGUUUGUACAAAAUUAACACCAGAACAAUUGGCAUUACUUUCUCGUGGCCCAAAAUAUGUACCACCAUGUCAAAGUCGAUUUUAUAAAAAGGAAGUCAGGAACAAAAUGAUUAAAGAAGAAUAUCAAAAUAUUAUAAGUAAAGUAACAGAAUUUUUUCGUCAACAUUCUCAUGGUAUAUCAGAAAAACGUAUCAAUGAAUUUUCUAUUGACCUUAAAAAUCUUCUUCAACAUCUUUAUACAAAAAAAUUACCACGAAAAUUAUCUGUACGUGCUAAACGUGAACAUAAAUUAAUUAUUAAUAUUCGUCGUCAUUUACACAAAUAUCGACAAAUGAUUUUACGACGAACUGAUAAAAGUAAAGUAUUUCAUCUAGGUGAUGCCAAUGAUUAUCAACGAAAAGUUCUUGAAUAUAUGCAAGAAACUGAAGCUUAUGAAGAAAUUACAUCGGAUAUUUCACCAUUAGCAGAUAAUUUACAACAAGUUAUUUCCUUACUUAAUCGUCUUUACUAUACAGAAAAACCUUUGAUUACUAAAAAGCAAUAUGAAGUUAUGUAUCCAAAAGAAAAUGAAAUUGAAUUAGGUCAUCUGUAUUUUCUACCAAAACCACAUAAAAUUGGUACACCAUUACGACCUAUUGUAGCUGCAAUUCAUGCACCAGCUAUAUUAGUAUCAAAAUAUCUUGAUAAUUUACUUCGUCCUGUUUUCAAUCGUGUUGCACGAAAAACAAUCUAUAUCGAUAGUAUAGAUCUUGUCAAACAAUUAGAAAAAUAUGAAAAAGACGGUCAUUUAUUGUCAACGACAAAAUUUAUUACAAGUGAUGUAAAAAAUCUUUAUACUAUGAUACCAAAAGGCGGUGCAUUGGAUGCAUUAUAUCGAUUUUGUACGAAACAUGCAACUGAACAUAAAAUUGGCAACUUAACUGUAAAUACCAUUAUCCGAUUAGCAUGUCUUGUCUUAGAUACCAAUUAUUUCGUUUUUGAUGAUAAAUAUUAUAAACAAAUUCGUGGUGGUGCUAUGGGCUCACCUUUUACAAUGAUAUUAGCUAAUAUAUAUAUGUAUGAAUGGGAGCAAUCAUUAAUUCAAUAUCAACACGAAAGAAAUGAAGUCUAUGGCCGAUAUAUUGAUGAUAUUUUUAUGACUUCGAAUGAACCUGUUGAAAAUAUUAAAGCAUUACUUGAUCGAGAAAAUGAAAAAGAUCCAAAUAUUCAUAUUAGUUAUACCAUUCAUGAAUCUGUGGAAUUUCUUGAUGUUCUUCUUGAAAAUAUUCAAGGAAAAUUAAAAACAUCUGUUUUUCGUAAACCAGCUGCUGAACCAUACAUACUUCCAUAUACAUCUGAUCAUCCACGGCAUAUUCAUUCCAAUACAAUUCAUACAGCCUUACUUCGUGGUGUUCGUCUUUGUUCAGAUGUUGAAACAUUCGAUCAAGAACGAUUAAACAUUGAAAUAGCAUUACUUCUAAAUGGAUAUCCACCAAAAUUCAUCAGUCAUCAUUUUAAACAAUUCUUUAAAACUUAUAAUGCUUCACCAAUCUACCAAGAUUUACAUGCAGAAACAUAUCAACAACUUCAUCUUCAAUUACUUAACGACUCAUUAACUACUGAUCAAGUACCACAACAAUUAGAACCACAACAACAAGGCAACAAAACCAACAACGGGCACAUAAAAACUAAACCAAAAAAACAAACAGAACUCAUUAUACAUUAUCGAUAUGAAAUCGGACCAUUACAAAAAUUCAGUCGUGAAUUCCGAAAACUUUGGGAAAAACAUUUUUGUUAUGAAAAUUCAUCGUUAAACAAUAUUCGACUGAUACUUGGUACUCGAACCAACAAGACAUUGGAACAUUUACUAGUUAAUAAAAAACCACGUCGCACUCUACUAAAGAAUACAGAGAACAACAUUAGCACAACAACGAUGGAAACAUGA